AUGCAAGAAGAGCUGAAAUUAAAUUGGAAUAUUGAUUUAAAUUUCGAGCGAUUAAGAAAUCACAUACAAUAUCUAAAUCGGUUAUAUUCGAAAGAUAAGGAGCUCCAAUUGAAGUGCGAAUUGUCGAAAUCUAACUUUUCACCCACAUCCAAAUUUUAUAACGAUCUCUCAUUUCUCAGUAAUUGCCAGGGGCCAUUUAUGUGUCCCCAUUGCAAUGAAAUUAUCAAAAAGUAUGAAAAUUAUCACAUACAUGUAGCUGAACACACUAACUCUAGGCCGUUUAAAUGUCCACUUUGUGAAUUGGCUUUUAAAAAAUUCGAUACAUGUAUAUCGCAUGUAAAACGGCAUCUUGGCGAGAAUAGUCAUCGUUGUGAGAUAUGUGGUAAAGGUUAUCCUAAGAAAUCUGAGUUGGACCGACAUUUGACAUAUCAUACAGGCGAAAAACCAUUCCUAUGUCAAAUAUGUGGUACAGGCUUUAGAACCAGUCGAGACCAUGACAAUCACAUUCGUCGCCACGAAAACCGUUUUCGUUACGAAUGUCAUAUAUGUAAAAUGGGUUUCAAUCAUUUGCAUACGCUAAAUGAUCACGUGAAAUCCCAUCUGAAUGUGCGUGAUAUUUUGUGCAAUAUCUGCGGUAAAGGUUUUACAGCAACUAGAUACCUUAAUAAUCACAAACUAAUACAUGAAGAUAAAAAACAUUACAAAUGUCAUAUUUGUGGAAAGGAAUUUGCUCAGGGAGCUGGACUACGGGCACAUCGUAAACUUCAUAAAACACAUUCGGUUGCAGUUCAAGUGAAAAAGGAGAGAAAGGAGUCUAAUGCAGAGUAA